AACAACAACAAGAAACUAAAGUUGUUUGACCGGACCCAGACCGGUGUAGCCAGUGUUCGAGUGCACUGACACCGGACCCCGGACCGGACACCGGCAUAGUACACGCUGCUGCACUUCUUGCAGCCGGCGGCCGGCACGGUUCACUCGCAGGAGGGCUGCAAUCGCCUGCGUGGUGUUGAUCCACAAUGAACACUUUGGUGGUGGUCUUAGGCCUUGCCUUCCUUGUAACCCAACCAGCAGCAUUUUCUCCUGAUAAGAGGAGUGGACUCAAGAAAAAUGUGCUCUUCCUUGUAGCUGACGAUGCAGGUUUUGAAAUGGGAACCUAUCGCAAAAAAGUGGUCCAAACUCCCCACCUGGAUGCUCUUGCAAAAAAAAGUCUAAUAUUCAACAAUUUGUUUGCAUCUGUCAGCAGUUGCUCACCCAGCCGAGCCUCCAUCCUUAGUGGUCUUCCUACUCAUGGAAAUGGAAUGUAUGGGCUUCACCACAGUGUACACCACUUCAAUUCUUUUGAUGGGGUGAGGAGUCUUCCUAAUAUCUUGAGGGAAAAUGGUAUAAACACAGGUAUAAUUGGAAAGAAACAUGUUGGUCCAGCAGAUGUUUACAAAUUUGACUAUGAGGCAACGGAAGAACACCACUCAAUAAUGCAAGUUGGUCGAAACAUCACCAAAAUUAAAUUAUUAGUUAGAGACUUCUUGAACCAAAAAUCCGCCCAACCAUUCUUUCUGUAUGUUGGCUUCCAUGAUCCGCACCGCUGUGGACACACACACCCUGAGUUUGGCACAUUCUGUGAAUUUUUUGGGAAUGGAGAAACAGGAAUGGGUCUGAUUCCAGAUUGGCAUCCCAUCACAUACGAUCCAACCCAAGUGGAAGUUCCUCACUUUGUCCAGAAUUCUUUGCCCGCUAGAAGAGAUAUAGCAGCUCAAUACACAGCAAUAUCACGUCUUGACCAAGGUGUUGGUUUGGUGUUAAAGGAACUGGAGAACCAUGGUGUGCUGAAUGACACACUGGUAAUUUAUACAUCGGAUAAUGGCAUACCUUUUGCAGGAGGUAGAACAAAUCUUUAUGACUCAGGUAUCAAGUUGCCUAUGCUGAUGUCAUCCCCAAUUCCCACCCACCGGCACUUUGACGUGACAUACGCAAUGUCAAGUCAUCUGGACCUAGUCCCCACAGUAUUGGACUGGUUUUCAGUGCCCUAUCCAACCACAGAUUUAGCCGCAAACCACCCUGUACAACCUCUGCCAGGAAAAAGUCUCAUUCCUCUUCUUGAAAAAGAGCCAACUGAUGAUGGAAAAGCUGUAUUUGCAAGUCACAACCAUCAUGAGGUCACUAUGUAUUACCCUAUGAGAGCUGUAAGAACAAAGCAUUUCAAGCUUAUUCACAACAUUAACUUUCGGAUGCCAUUCCCAGUUGACCAAGACCUUUACAUCUCCAGAUCUUUCCAAGACAUUUUGAAUCGCACUCGUGAGAAAGAACCAACUCACUGGUCAAAGACACUGAAACAGUAUUACUAUCGACCUGAAUGGGAACUUUAUGACCUAAGAAAAGAUGCAGAGGAAGCUAAAAAUGUAGUGGGAAAACCAGCAUAUAAGGCAAUAACAGAAGAUUUGCAGAAGAGACUUCUGAAAUGGCAAGAAAUUACAAAUGACCCAUGGAUUUGUGCACCAAGAGGAGUCUUUGAAAACAGUGGAGUUUUCAAGGAAAAUCCAUCAUGCCUACCACUAGAUAAUCUGGAUAUUUGACAAAUUUGUUGCAUGAAAUAUGAUUUACCAUCACCACAUCAAACAACUAAGAGAACAUAUAAGUUUUGUAAACAUUUGAUUAAAAUGAUGAUUUAUGAUGGUUGACAA